ACUUCGUAGUUUUAUUGAAGUUUAGUCAUUAGCGAGUCAUCUUUGUUGUCACUGCGUCAUUUAAAAAGCAUAUGAAGUUGAUGCAAAAUCAUAGCACAAUAGGAUUUAAUUAACUAUUUUGCGAUUCAAAUACGAUCGACAUGAAUUAGAAAUUUUAAUAUUUUAUUCGUCGCUGAUAAUUAGGAAGGAGUCAAUAGAAGGAGACAAAUGCAAUGCCGGAAAUUGGAGCUCAAGGUACCAUUGAGACUCAUUCGUUUAUGUGUCCUUGGAACAUUUCUUCCGGCAAUUUUGGUAGCUGGUCCCAUUUAUUUAAGAUAUCGUGUUUAUUCGGUUCAACUUUAUCCGCUAACAAUUUCUGAUCAAAGACUGAUCGAUGGAAAAAUAUCCACUACAUGGUGCCAGAGACAGGUGGUCAGGGUUAAUACAACUUUUAAUGCCUAUUUAAUGAGCAAUGAGCCAAACAUUAAGGGAGAUUUAAUUCCAGUGUCAAUGACGAGGCAUUUAGUUUUGGAAGACGAUAUGAAGGAAUAUUGGGGAUUUUACCUUUUAAAAGGUUCAAGUGUGACUGUUUCUACUUGUGUAAGAUGGCCUGGUGCUUCUUUAACAAUUGUAAGAGGUCACAAACAUUUACAUGAAUGUACAUUUAUUGGCGAUGACAGUAGCGAGGAACUUGAAGAAUUACUUCAAGUUGCAGAAGAAAAAGGAUUAUUAAAAAUAAAUGGAACUAUUCAGAACGAUCGAAGUCCAAGUAAUGCGCCCGAUAAAAUGACAAAAAUUCAUCAAGAUGUAAAAUUUCAUCAUCAUAAUUCAAAAAUAUCACAUAAAAAUCGUACAUUCAGUUCAAUUAAUUAUAAUCCAUCGAGUCAUGAAUUAGAUGCAAAUGCAAUGAGAAAUAUUUUGGCAUUAUUAACUAAAAAAACAAAUGAAAUGAAAAAUAAACAAAAGGAAAAUUCUUAUCAUAAAUAUGAAGGUGUUUAUCGUGAAAGUGAUAAUAUUGAUAAACCACCGGCAAUUAAAGAAUUUGAUCCAAGGGAUCUUUUUGAUAUUUUAGAUCAAAAACGACAGUCAAUUGAAAUUAAUAAAAAUGAAAAUUUAACUAAAUCUAAUAAUGAAAGAAAUUAUAAAAUUUCUAAUGAUACUUUAAUAAAUAAUAAUAAUAAUAUCGAAAAAUUAAAUAAAUCAAAUGAAAAUUAUAAUUCAAUGAUUUCUAAUGAGCAAUUAUCAAUUAAAACUAAUGAUAAAAUUAACGAUUCAACAAAUCGAGGAAAAAUGGAAAAUAUUGAUGAUAAUGAACCAAGUUCAGUUGAAGUUUUUGGUGAAGUUAUGAGAAAAAUUAUUUCCCAAGGUGAAAAGGGACAGAAACUUUUUCAACAAUUAUUAAAUGAAAUUGAUGAUGAAAAAUUGAAGCAAAGACUUGCAAUGAAAUUAAAAAGUACAACAAAAAUUGAAAAUGAAAAAAAAAGAAAAAAACGAGAUUUUAUUUUAUCGUCACCACUUCAUGAUGAAUUGAAUCGAAAUGACGAAGACGAUGAUGCUGCUAUUGAAGAGGGUUUAUUAACGCCAGACGGAAUUGCUGAUGAUAGAGGAACAGUUAAUGAAACAACAUUGAACGAUAGAAGUAAUUCUGAAUUUUGGAGUUCAUUCAGUAGUUCCGAGGAGAGACUCUUGGAAUGUAAGGGAUUAAUAUUAAAUUUACCCCUUACACCACAUCGAAUGUGUACACCACAACAUGAAAGUGAACAUAAUACAGCAUCAAUUGCAAAUACUGUGACUUAUAGAGUUCCAGCAAAUGGAUAUUAUUUUUUUGUUUUUAAUUCAGAAAAUGAAGUGCAAACAAAUUAUUUGAGAAUAAAAUUUGAUCUUCUUAAAACUGCAUACAAUACAUCGAAUCCAGUGCAUGCAUGUGAAAAUAUAACCAGUGAAUGUUCGUUGCCAUUUAAUUUUUUUAGUAGCGAACGAACUGUUUUAGAAUUGCCAGUUGGUGUUAAUGAUUCACAAUGGAAUGAAGAAUUUGUUGUCACAUCAACGUGUGAGCCAAGAACUUCCAUAUAUAUUUUUUGCGUUAUCGCUGUACCAUUAUUAAUACUAUUAUUUGCUUUUCAUUAGAAAAAAAAACAAAAAAUAUUUUAGUUUAAAAAAAAAAAUGUAACUUUUUAUAUAAUUUAGAUUGGGAGAGAAAUGAAAGAAUUUUCUAUUUUUUU